UACUCGGUAUUGAAUCAUUAUCCUAUUAGCACCCUCAACCACUCACUACGUCUACAAGUGCUGCUUCUCUUACAAACAUUUCAUUAGAAAUUCUCUUUACAAAUUCCAAUGGCAGGGGCACAGUGCUGCGAUAAUCCCCCAACUUUAAACCCAAGCAGUGGAGUCGGCCUUGUCCAAGAAAUUGGUGGGAUCCAAUCAUAUGUAGUUGGCUCUUCUGACACCAAACUUGCUGUUCUUUUUAUCUCUGACGUUUAUGGAUAUGAAGCUCCAAACUUGAGGAAACUUGCAGACAAAGUAGCUGCCGCUGGUUACUAUGCUGUUGUCCCUGAUUUCCUUCACGGGGAACCCUAUGAUGCUGAAAACACUGAGAGACCAAUACAAGUUUGGAUAAAAGACCAUGGACCAGACAAAGGUUGUGAAGAGGCAAAGCUAGUUAUUGAAGCUUUGAAGCAGAAAGGGAUAUCUAAGAUCGGAGCAGUCGGCUUUUGUUGGGGAGCCAAAGUAGUUGUGCAACUAGCACAAAGUCAAGAAUAUGUACAAGCAGGAGCUCUCCUACAUCCUUCAUUUGUUACUGUGGAUGAUAUCAAAGGUGUGAAGGUACCACUUGCUGUUCUUGGGGCUGAGAUUGACCACUUAUCUCCACCUGAGCUUGUGAAGCAGUUUGAGGAGGCCUUGAAUGCUAAGGCUGAGGUCGAUGGUUUUGUCAAGAUAUUCCCUGGUGUUGCCCAUGGAUGGACAGUCAGAUACAAUACUGAAGAUGCUGCGGCUGUGAAAUGUGCAGAGGAAGCUCACCAGGAUAUGUUGGGAUGGUUUCAGAAACACAUUAAAUUUUAGGAUAUGUUAAGAGAUUGAUACUUAUCUUUUCUGGGUAUCACGUGCAAAUUAUGGGAUUGUAUGAAUUAUUACGGACAAUAGUUUGGGGUUUUCUUCAAAUACGUACAAGCUUAUGCGACAUUGUGUUGGAAUACAAUAAGAUGCCUGCAUGUGAUCGUUGUUGAUUACUGCAUUAUCAUUUUAGCUA